AUGUGGUUCAACAAACGAUCCUCGCCCAUCGCCGCCCUCCUCCUCACUGCCCCUUCAUUAUCCGCCGCUUUCUAUCUUCCCGGAGUUGCGCCUACAUCCUACGAUGAAGGUCAAUCGGUACCACUCUAUGUCAACCAUCUUACGCCCGGCCUAGCGCAGCAGGAUGAACAGCUCCAUUCCGUCUUCUCCUAUGACUACUACCACCCGGCCUUCCAUUUCUGUGCUCCCCAAGAAGGUCCCAAGGAUGUUCGAGAGUCGCUGGGAAGCAUCCUGUUUGGAGACCGCAUCCAGACGUCGCCGUUCGAGCUGCACAUGGGCAAGAACGAGACCUGCAAGGCUGUCUGCGGCCCGGCCUCGUUUGAUGCCCGCAGCGCCAAGUUCGUCAACCGCCGAAUUCAACAAGGAUACAACAUCAACUGGCUGGUAGAUGGGCUUCCUGGGGCGCAGAUUAACAUGGAGGCCGUGACGCAGACCAAGUUUUACAGCCCCGGGUUCGCUCUGGGAUCGAUCAACGACGAGGGACAACCGGUCUUGAACAACCACUUCGAAAUCCUCAUCGAGUAUCACCGUGUCGGCUAUGGAAACCAGGACAAGUACCGUGUUGUUGGCGUGCUCGUGCAGCCGGAGUCCCGGCGCAACUCCAUGGUCUCGGAGGAUGGUACCGCCCAGUGCGAUGGCGACGGUGUCGGCAUCACCUUGAACGAGGAGGGCGAGACUGCGGUUACAUGGACUUACAGUGUGUACUGGCGUGAGUCGCCCACCGCAUGGGCCACUCGUUGGGAUAAAUAUCUUCAUGUCUACGACCCGAAGAUUCACUGGUUCUCCUUGAUCAACUCGGCUGUGUUCGUGGUCUUCCUGGUCGCGAUGGUGAGCAUGAUCUUGGUUAGGGCUCUGAAGAAGGACAUUGCCCGGUACAACCGUCUGGAUAUGAUCAACCUAGACGACUUCGACAGCACGUCCGCGGCGGUGGAAGACGGUAUCCAGGAGGAUUCCGGAUGGAAGUUGGUGCACGGAGACGUGUUCCGGUGCCCCAAGUCCCCGCUGCUUCUGAGUGUGCUUGUCGGUAAUGGAGCUCAGCUGUUCAUGAUGACGGGCGUGACUGUCGUUUUCGCACUCUUUGGUCUGCUCUCCCCCGCGAACCGUGGCUUCCUGGCCACUGCAAUCCUUCUGAUCUAUACGCUUUUCGGCUUCAUUGGCGGCUACGUAUCGGCCCGAGUCUACAAAUCGCUGGGCGGUGAUGCCUGGAAACGCAACAUUAUCAUGACCCCAGUGCUGGUUCCCGCGCUCAUCUUUGGCGUGUUCUUCCUUCUGAACCUGUUCGUUUGGGCCAAGGGAUCGAGUGGUGCCGUGCCAUUUGGCACUAUGCUUGCCCUGGUCCUGAUCUGGUUCGUGAUUAGCGUGCCGCUAAGUGUUGCGGGAAGCUGGCUGGGAUUCAAGCAACGUGCUAUUGAAGGUCCCACCAAGACCAACCAGAUCCCCCGCCAGGUCCCUCCGAUGACGGGUACGCUGCGUACUGUUCCCUCUCUGCUGUUGACCGGUAUCCUCCCCUUCGGAGCGAUCUUCGUGGAGCUCUACUUUAUCAUGACCUCGCUGUGGACGAACAAGAUUUACUACAUGUUUGGCUUCCUGUUCCUCUGCUACGGGUUGAUGGUUAUCACAUCUGCUGCCACGACCGUGCUUCUGGUGUACUUCUUGCUGUGCGCCGAAAACUACCGGUGGCACUGGCGGGCGUUUGCCGGCGCGGGAAUGACCGGCGGGUACGUCUUCUUGAACGCAAUUCUGUUCUGGAUCACCCGGGUCAGCUUCGGUGGUUUCACCGGCGCGGUGUUGUAUGUCGGCUACUCCGCUCUCCUCGGAUUUAUUGUCUUCAUCUUGACUGGAUCCAUUGGGUUUUUCGCCAGCUGGGCGUUCGUGCAGCGUAUCUACGGCUCCAUCAAGGUCGACUAA